CCCGGUUGCAAAGUGGAGUUUGACUAGCCUUUUUUUGCAGCGCUGAGAAUUCACCAGGACGGCAAGGAGCACCGGCGUUAAAAUUAGGGAGCCUCCCCCAUCUGAUUCCAUCCCGACUCGCUGUCUGUGCUUUGGAGCAUGUACCAACGAGGUGGGCUUCUCACAAUCUGACCAGAAAGAACCGACAUUGCCACGACAACAACCUCUGCACCACCCCAUCUUCAACCUCUGAGCUUCGCGCACCUAUACGGCCAGAAACGAAAUACAAUCAGCGAUCGGACGAAGAGUUCAGAUUCAUUCAAUUGAUCCUAUCUUUCUUUCUUUUUCUUUUCUGACAAUACGAAGGUGGAGAACUACUUCGGACCAAUUGUGCAUUCGACUGUGCAACGCCUUCCCAGCCACUUUGACGCGUCCGAUUUCGAAUUUUCGACCCGAUCAUCAACCACCACCAUCACCUUCUCGGCCGACGUACGGUUGGGACAGUCAGGCGUGCGACGGAUCAGUGUGCUACGGGUACAACGGUUACUCGCGAUAGAAACGAGGAGAAUAGCUAGGGAGCGUCGGAGGAUUUGGCACAACUGCGCUCUGCGCGACAAAAUCCCAAAUGUCGGGAUUCGGCAAUUUCGGCCCCUUUUGUGAGGGUUCAACCUUGCCUGUUUGCAAUGUUCUCAACAAGGACGCCACGGGACAAGUUGGGGGAUGGGGAGGGUGCAACCUGAAGGGCAUAGCACUGCCUAGUAACCAGUACCUCGGAAACUUAGGUGUAAUUUUGGUAUGCGUUGUCGCUAUCGUGGUGGCGAUAUAUCUGCUGCUACGGUCAGAACGCAAGAAGGCUGCAGUCGGACGAAGAGAGAUGCAACUGUUCUUGUUGGGCUACAUUGUAAUCCAAAUCUGCGAGAUCUUCACUGUUGGCGAAAUUUCACCCCUGUCCGAGACAGUUCGAGUGGCAUUUACUGGUAUUCAUCUCGGCUUUAUCAUCGCAACAACAUGGGUGCUCAUGCUCAACGCAGUCGUGGGCUACCAGAUCAUUGAUGAUGGCACGCCACUGUCUCUCGGGCUACUGUUGCUUUCAGCCCUAGUUCUCUUAAUCGGCACGGGGUACAUCACCCUAGAUACAGGCUUUGGAUGGACUGGUUACUGGAACUCGAGCCGGGAGGGGCCCGAUUAUCGUCACAUCGCCCUCUACGUUCUAUACCAGUUGGCCCCCCUUAUAUUCAUUGUUGCCUUUUUUGUCCUCGAGGCAAUUUUGGUGUUGAGAGUACUUCAGGAGACGAAGCCGAUGAUUUACCUGGUCGGCGCUGGCCUCCUGUUCGCUCUGGGACAAAUCUUCAACUACGUUGUCAGCAGGUACAUUUGCAACGGCACCAACGGCAGCAUCGACGGAUCGCUUUUUCAGACCAUCUUCACCCUGGCAUCCGUUGUUAUGGUAUGGAUAUUCUGGUCAAGCAUCACUGAGGAUGACUGGCCAAUGCCAGUGGGUUCAACUUACCCAUAGGAUGGGACUACCUUGGGCAACCUCCAGGGCAGUGGCGAGAAGCCAGAAUCAUCUUGAGAUAACAAGAACAACCAUCAGCAUAUGAAAGAAAAUCACGCCGAAGAAAAAGAGAAAAACGAAAAAGGGAAUUUAAAGUGCGACUCUGCGGAGGCUUAUACCUCGGCAAUUCUCAUCACUUAAAAGCCGGUUAGGGAUGAGGGCCCCUAAGAAGGUGUACAUGCAAUGCCCUCAUCCUUUUAUAACCAUUAACGAAAUAAUCAAUUCAAUCUUCACGACAACCUACCUACUGCGUCUCCAUCAUUCAGUCAUUUGCGGCGGUACACAAGCAACCUGCCGAAAAAAACUAGCCUCGACUGGCGGCACCAAUCUGAACUGCCACGAAUCCCAGUCUCAGUUCAUACUUGAGUGGAUUCUGGCGCCUUUGUCCAUACGUCUGGUGUGAUCGUGGGAGGGGACUGUCGAGAAAGCAUUGGUUCUAAUAACUUGUACAGAACACGAUGGGGAGUUGCGCGUGUGAUGUACGGAGACGUUUUGUAUGCCUCCUUGACGAUGACUUGUAUAGCGGUUCUAUAUAGCCGUAUUUUUGGUUUUGUGCUUUUUUACCGUCAGUCUGUAGCGGAAAUAUGUAUACCCCUUGUUUCUAGAUAGUCUAUUUCUCGAUUAUGAACAUUAGGGCAGGGCAAUGUGCUUAGUACAGUGGUAAUCUGAUAUACAAGAAACUUGACCCUUUGCAG